AUGGAAGCACUUAUGAAGAAAUACGGAGUACACCACAGACUCUCCACUCCGUAUCAUCCACAGAGCAACGGUCAAGUAGAAAUCUCCAACAGAGAGAUCAAGGGAAUUUUGGAAAAGACCGUAAACCCAUCGCGAAAGGAUUGGAGCAGAAGGCUAGAUGAUGCGCUUUGGGCCUAUCGUACUGUGUACAAGACCCCCAUUGAGCAUAAGGCUUAUUGGGCAGUCAGUGAAAUGAACAUGAAACCUGAGGUCUGCGAAGAGGAAAGGUUGAAGCUCAUGCCAGGAAAACUUAAGUCGAAGUGGACCGGACCUUACACCAUCGUGAGCCUUAGAGCCAACGGAGCCGUGGAGAUUCAGGGAUGUGCUCCUAACUCUGUUCCUUUUCUGGUCAAUGGUCAUCGAGUCAAGAGGUUUAGGGAUAGUUCGGAGCUGUGUGUGGUGGAAGAAGUUCCACUGCGCGCAAUUCCCACUAUCGCCUAA